AUGUCCUCCCAACCCUUCUCGUCGUCCCCAGCAAGUCGAUGGGAAGAAGAAUCUAGUAGCGAUGAAGUCCCACGCCAUUCCCGCACGCCUCCGCGAAUGAAGGCCACCUUCUCCCCUUCUAUAACACGAAACCCGCAAAACUCGAUCUGGAAGGUCAACGAUGACCCACAGAAACUUGACAACGUUCUCAACACCUUUCUUGGCAAGGGCGGCGACCGUCUGCUCCCAGAAGAACUGAAAUGGCUUGCAGUUACGCACAAAAGCUUCGACCAAGGAAGGCGCGGGUUCAAUGACAGACUUGCAUUCCUGGGACGCCAGAUCGCCAUCUUCGAGGCCACGCAGAGCAUCAUCACGAGUCAGGAUACUUUCCAGGCGCCUGAGAAUGACAUUUAUGCUGGGCGAAGAGAGCCGUUUGAGGAACCGGCACUGCGUCUGGUAGACAAUCUGAGUGUCACGCAUCCAGACAAUUUGUUGACCAAGGAGAAUAUGCAAAAGCUGGCUGUGAAUACGGGACUGUCGGAAGUAAUGCGGUGGAAGCCGCGGAAUACUUCAAGUUUGAAAUCGUCUGGAAUACAGGCGGUCAUGUCAGGGACCGUAUAUGCUAUUAUCGGCGCCGUUGCUCUGCAACACGGUGGAAAGGUUGCAAGUCGUAUUUUUAGGGAGAGAGUAUUAAAGAAGCUGCGGAUGUAA